AUGUUGCAGAAGUUAUUACGGGUGCACACAAAUGUACUGGUAUUGUUUGUGGACUCAUUGGCCGACAAAAGCAAUGAACUGAGAAGGAUAUCGAAAGUUGUUGUGGCGGCAGCGAAGCAAGCUCAGGGUCAGGCCACUGUGGCGCAAAUUCCCUGUAAUGAUGGCGUUGCAAGGAAGCUUUGCAAAAAGCUUAAAGUCAAUCCGAAACCCUUUGUUUUCAAACAUUAUCGGGAUGGGGAAUUUCAUAAGGAUUACGAUAGACAGAUGAAUGCGAAGAGUAUGUAUAGGUUUUUGUUGGAUCCAGCUGGUGAUAUUCCAUGGGACGAGGACCCCUCUGCAACUAAUGUUGUUCAUUUAGGUAAUUUUGGUUUUAACAUCACAGGUUUGUGUUAA